UGUUAUUAGGCUGGGAGGGAACAGUACAUAGCUUUUUCACAGUCUGAAAGACAAGGUGAGCAACUGACGAAUUCAGAUAUACAUUACAUUUUCCACAUCAACUUUAAAGAGUACCGGGUUACUUUGACCUAUAAUGGCGACACCCAACCAGAGUCGAACUCCUCGCGUCGAGAGCUCGCCUCUCUCCCCAAACCGCAUCACGCGUCUUCAAGAGAAGGACGACUUGUGCAACCUCAACGACCGAUUGGCCGUCUACAUAGACAAGGUGCGCUCUCUGGAAUCGGAGAAUGCGGGGCUGCGGCUGCGCAUUACUGAGUCGGAGACCGAGAUCAGCCGGGAGCUGACGGGCAUGAAGGCCGCUUAUGAGGCCGAGCUAGCUGAUGCCCGGCAGACACUGGACUCGGUGGCCAAGGAGCGCGCACGCCUGCAGCUGGAGCUGGGCAAAGUGCGGGAGGACUAUAAGGAGCUUAAGGCCAGGAACACAAAGAAGGAGUCUGACCUGGCCGGGGCACUCCUCCGUCUGAAGGACCUGGAGGCUUUGUUGAACUCUAAGGAUGCGUCUCUGACCACUGCCCUAGGAGAGAAACGCAACCUGGAGGCUGAAGUCAGGGACCUGAAGACCCAGCUAGCCAAGCUGGAGACCAGCCUGAGUGAUGCUAAGAAGCAGUUGCAAGAUGAGAUGCUAAGGAGAGUAGAUGGAGAAAAUCGCAUCCAGACCCUUAAGGAAGAGCUGGAGUUCCAGAAGAACCUCUACAAUGAGGAGCUGAAAGAGACCAAGAGACGUCAUGAGUCCCGCAUUGUAGAGCUGAGUAAUGGAAAACAGGAGGACUUUGACAGCCGGCUGGCUGAGGCCCUGAUGGAGAUGCGCACUCAGCAAGAGCUACAGAUCAAGUUGUACAAGGAAGAUAUAGAGAAGACCUAUACAUCUAAGCUGGAGAAUGCCCAUCAGUCUGCUGACAGGAACAGCCACCUGUUGGGGGCUGCCCAUGAGGAGCUUCAGCAGACCAGAGUACGCGUCGAAUCCAUGUCCACUCAACUCAGCCAGCUGCAAAAACAGUUGGCAGCCCGUGAAGCGAAGGUCAGGGACCUGGAGGAGGGGUUGUCUCGCGAGAGGGAAACCACACGCCGUCUGCUAGGGGAGAAGGAGAGAGAAAUGGCUGAGAUGAGACAGAGGAUGCAGCAGCAGUUGGAUGAAUAUCAGGAGCUGCUGGAUGUGAAACUGGCCCUGGACAUGGAGAUCUGUGCUUACAGGAAACUAUUGGAGGGAGAGGAGCAGAGACUACGUCUGUCCCCAAGCCCUUUUCCACAAGCAACGGAAAGAUGCCCCUCUGGCUCGGGUGCCCGCACCGUCCACUGCAAUUCCUCUACAAAAAAGCGCCGUCUCAAUGACAAUGACAGCGACGUCUCCAGCCUGAUAGGUGGCAGUGUGGCACGAACACGCAUCACCCAGCAGGCGUCUGCUAGAGGACGUGUCACUGUGAGUGAAGUGGACCUGGACGGGAAGUUUGUGCGGCUCAGCAAUCAAGCAGAUGAGGACCAAAACCUGGGCAACUGGCUGUUGAAGCGACAGGUGGGCUCAGGCGCCACCAUCACGUUCAAGUUUCCCCCUAAAUUCUCCCUGAAGGCCGGCCAACGGGUCACGAUCUGGGCAUCUACAGCAGGUGGUAGCCACAAUCCCCCUUCCGACCUGGUGUGGAAGAACCAGACAUCAUGGGGCAUUGGAGACCAGUUCCAGACCACUCUGAUCAGUGCCAGUGGAGAGGAAAUGGCUAUGAGGAAGGUGACCCGUAUCCUAUUUGAGGAUGAUGACGAAGAUAUGGUGGCCCAUAGCACAUGCGGUGGAGAUGGUGAGUAUAACCUGCGGAGCCGAUGUGGCUCUUGUGGCCUGCCAUCGGAAAACAAGUCCGUCAGCGGUUUCUCUCUGUCCUCUGCCUCCCGCUCCAUCCGCAGUGGGGGAAUUACUGAUGGCCUCCUCCCACACUCCUAUGUUGUAAGCAGCAGCACGCCACGUAAGAGUGGCUCUAGAAUGGAGAACUGCCCCAUCAUGUGAGGCAGUGCAAUUAUAGCUAUCGUACUUUUGCUUCUUUUUUUACAUACAUAUAUCUUUUUUAUACUCUUUAUACAGUAUGUAAAAAAAAAUUAUAAAAAUGCAAAUAUUUACCUUGUAGUAUUUCUAUCUGCGUACUUUAUAUUUGAAUGUUGUUUAGUUCCAGACAAAGCACAUUCAUUUGUUGGGCUGAACAUUAUAUUUGACCACUGUUGCCAUGCCAGCAAUACAUUUUUGUAAUGGAUUUAUGCAUGUUAUGCCUUCAGUCUUGCUUUUAAAGAGUAGAAUAGAAUAACUUUGCAUGGAUCAAUAAAAUACACAAAAAAAUGAUUUUAUUACUGUAGAUAACUUCACUUCUUUAAUGUUGCACAUUGUAUAAGCUUUUUCUGUUCAUUGUAUAAACCUUUUUCAUUUUUGUGCCUCACUGAUGUUAUGGU